AUGGCGCAGCUCGGGGCGCUUGUGGGCGCGCUGAUAAGUCUAGCGCAUGCUCAAAAGCGAGAGGCUUCCUUCCUGGUCAUCGGCGAUUGGGGCUGGGACGACGUGGCGCAUGGGAACAUUCAGUCCCGCGCGUGCCAGAACCUCAUAGCGGAGAGCAUGCACGAGGCGUUUCUGGAGCUGGGCGACGUGAAGUUCGUGAUCAAUGUUGGAGACUCCUUCUACCCCGUGGGCGUGGUGGACAAGGAGGACCCCCAGUGGGACACCAAAUGGCGAAAUGUCUACUCCUCCAGCCUGCGCAGCGUCCCUUGGUACAGCGUCUACGGCAACCACGACAUGCUGGCGGAGAAAAGCACCUGCUCGAAUAGUGAGAGUGAGGCGGCCCAAAUCAACUAUGAUGCCUCCAACCUCGACCGAUUCUUCAUGCCAGGCUUCAGCUGGUUUCUGGAGCACCCGGACCUCGACCUGGAGAUCGUGGCUUUGGACCUCAACGACUUGUGGGCGGCCCAGACCUGCCCCCACACCAGCUGUAAGGAGAGCUGCCACGCUUCCCUGGCGCAGCGCGCGGAGGUGGCCUGGGACCUCUUCUACGAGAGGAUGGAGAACAGCAAUGCCUCCAACAUGCUGGUCUUUUCCCACUACCCCACGGACUACUUCUGGGCCUACCCGGAGGUCCUGGGCAACUUGUCGGAGGCUGUGCGGCCCGGGGGCCUGGAGCGGCACGUGGAGUACUUCGGGGGCCACCGCCACAACGUGGACCAGGAAUCCACCACGUCCAUCAAGCCAAGCAACAGCUGGUUGGUCGGUGGAGGGGGUGGCUGGUCCUGUGAUGGCAGGCAGCAAGGCUUCUUGGUGGGGGAGAUCUUUGAUGAUGGCUCUAUGACGACCCGCCCUGUGCUGGUGGAUUACUGCAGUUGCUGUGGCUGCUGGUGGUGGUGGCGCCCGUGA